UCGCUCCUGCGAUAGGGUUUGAAUUUUGCCUGCGCGAGAGACAGAGAGUAUACCGCGUGCCGCGUCGAGAUUCGCCAACGGACAACGACGUCGACGACCGAUCAUCAUCAAAGGUGCCGCGUAACACGCAGUUACCGAUGCGUGCGACACGCACGUUUUGAGGACGUCCGCGUCGUCCGACAACGCGCGAGAGUUCAUGCCCAGGUGACCAUCGUGCGACCACGACUUUCUCCAGACCUGGUUGCGGUGGCACACGUGAUCACCCGGCUUUGAGAAAACAAACGGGCGCGAUUCGCCACGUCGACCCCGUUUUCGUCGCCGACAACGUUCGUGAGAGGAGGUCUCCGUCGUCACUUAAGCUCUUAGGGACGGAAUGGGUAGCAACGGACAACUCUAUAGUCUGUCCUGGGGAGAGUUCAGUUCUUCUCUGGCCUCUGCAGUACAACUAUUGAGGGGAGAUGGCGAUUUGGUAGAUGUUACCUUGGCUGCUGGCGGACGCAGCUUUCCUGCACACAAAAUUGUUCUUUGUGCAGCUAGUCCGUUCCUCUUGGAUUUAUUAAAGAGCACUCCAUGCCAGCAUCCAGUGGUUAUGUUGGCAGGAAUCGGGGCGGAUGACUUGGAGUCUUUGCUGGAAUUCGUAUACCGAGGAGAAGUGAGCGUCGAGCCGGCACAAUUGCCUUCCUUGCUUCAGGCUGCCCAUUGUUUGAGCAUUCACGGAUUGACAUCGUCAACCAAUAUACUAACGGAGAGUGGAGAAAAAGUUCCUGAGUCUGCGAUACCAACGGCGACGAACAACGAUGAAUUGUCGAGGCCAACAGUCAACUCGCAUCCACUGAAACGAAGAAAAAAAAGGAGGAAGUCGUCGUCAUCCUCUGGAAAGUGGCAAUGUACUAGAAGCACUGCUGACAGUGAAAGCAAGUCUUUGGAAGACAACAACAAAACAAUGCCUUACGAAAACAAGGAUGACGACGCCAUGGAUCAAACUGAUGAUACAGCGGGUAACUGCCUGGCCGGAAACUACGCGAACAACCAUCAGGGUGGCAGUCAUUCACCGCGACUUCAAGAAUCGUCCAUCGCGGACAAUCAUCAGGCGAUGCAUCAGGAUCACGGUGCGGACGACGAGUCGCACCUGCAUACACUGAUGCCAUUGCAAUUGCAAAUACCGCAGUUCCACAGUUCCCUCAACAUGGGUUAUCCACCUGGUCUAGCGUUAUCCGGCUUGGCGUCUACUCAGACAGCAUCGACCGGCACGAAUCAAUCAAAAACGCGUGGCGCCUCCGACUGCCCGGGUGUUUGUCCGCUUUGCGGUGCGACCUUACGUCAGGCGAGGAAUCUUCGCAGGCACCUAUUGUCCUCGUGCAAAUAUCGGUUCAACCACUCGGCGACGAAUGCAGUAACGAUGACGACGCAUAACUCUGACGCGGCAACAGUAGAGAUUAAGCCUGAGAUUGAGGGUUACAACGAUCAAUCGUCGAUAACGUAUGGGACCGACGGUAGUAACGACUACGAACAGAUAGUCUGCAAUCCUACCUUACCCUCGCCAACGUCGCAUGAACCUGAAAGCGUGAUAUCAUCGCCGAGGAGCAUCCCUCUGUCUAGUUUCGAAUUCGUUCUAGGGGACGGAUUGUCGAAAGCACGCAGUCUGUCCGAUCAGCCGGUGUCCUGUCCGUUGUGCGGUGCGAUUUUGCGUCAAUCGAGAAAUCUCAGAAGACACUUGGAGCUUCUGCACUUCGGUCUGGGCAACAAUAGCAAGUCCGGGAUACACGCGAGACGUCGGCGUGCGGCGGUGGCAGCGGCGGCUGCGGCGGCGGAUAGAGUUAGCGAUUUCGGUCUGUCAUCCUUGACGUGCGUUCGUCCCCCUGCUAGAUUGGACUCGCACCUCGCCACGAGAUCCUCCGAGGCUUCUAACUUUUCCAUGGUGACACCUCUAUCCAUUACCUCGUCCGUCAGUUCCGCCUCGAGCGUCAGUCUUUCAGGGAACCUGAUGGGUACAAGUUCAAGCCUAUUGGGCUCUGGCGAUCAAAACGGACAUACAUUGCCGGGAGCCACUCCCGCUACGUGCAGCACGUCAAUGGUGCCUCCGACCAACGGGAUUUACUCCUCGGAUGGUGGUCCCAGUAUGCUGAGCUGCCUGUUGCCGUCGUUGCCCACAUUGCCAUCCUUCUCUACGUCCCACGAUGUGUUCCGACACGGCGAAAUGUUGCGCGCGGGGAUCGCCUACCACGAUUCCUCUCGACAGCACGUCAGACACAUGCAACGCACGGACGUCACCUAAUUUCGUGCUCCGUAGAAAAAUUGAUACUAAGGCUGACAGUAUUAACGAAACACUAAAUAGACACCACUAAGUGUAGACUUUGCUUGUAAAAGUACGGAUAUUUAACACGAUAAUUAACGGGUAUUAAAAAUGGCAUUAAAAAUAUUGCUGAAACGCGGCGAGAUAGCGAUAAAAUAGUGGGACGAGUAGCAACGAUAUGUUGUAGGAAUUUUUUUACUCGGUGCUAUGUAUACGGAUUCAAACAUG